CGCAUGCAAAAUGGGCUCCAUUGCAAUGUACCAGUACGAGUCUCUGGAGCAGCGUGAUUCGAUACGACUUUUGCGUCUCCUCCCAUCCAAUGACAUUGAAGCAGAUCUCCAUGGUGAGAUUGUUCAUACGACGAUCUCCAACGAAGUAAUGGACACUGAUCUACUCAACAUCUAUCCCUCAGAAGCAGUGGAAAGGUUCUGGAGCGAGCCAUAUCAACCGUCUGACGCAUACUCGUUCAUUGGUGGGUACACAGCACUCUCAUACACUUGGGUUGACCCAGAAAUGAGCUCCACUAUCUAUGUGGAUGGGAAACAACUCGGAAUUACAGCGAAUCUGGAGCAAGCUCUUCGAAGUCUAAGAUUAGAAGUCAAGACACCGCGACUCUGGGUUGAUUCAAUAUGCAUCAAUCAAGCAGAUGCCCAAGAACGCAGCCAACAAGUCCAGCAAAUGUGCUCGAUCUACAAAACUGCUGCAUCGACCAUCAUCUAUCUUGGCCCCUCAACCGAGCUCUCGACAAGUUGUUUCAAAUCCGCCGCUAACUCUCCCGAAGAACCACGCGAAUAUCUCCGGGAGCUAAAACUUGACAAAGAAGUUCUCAAGGCUCUCAAAGCUGGACGUGAUGAAAUUCUCGGUAGAAGCUGGUUUACACGGGCCUGGACUUUCCAAGAACUAGUUGUGUCUCGUCGGCCAUGGAUGUGUUGCGGGACGCAAUGUCUGCCCUGGUCCCGCCUUUGCACAUACUUUCUCCAGAAGCGAAGAUGGAAUAUAGACCUCGGGAUGGACAUAUUCAGCAGGGAAACGAUGUUUUCCAACGCCUGGGAGAGAGAUCCAUGGGGCUUGGACGAUGCGGUGGAUGGAAGGGGCUUGCAUGAUGCUGUGGAUGGUAGGUAUUCCAUUAUUCGGGAGCCGGAAACGAAUUGUCUUCGCAUCACGCCCAAAGGAGCAAGAAUCAUGGAUAAAGUUCGUCAGAUUUAUCAAGCGCCAGCUUCGUAUGUUAUUGAGGAAGAUGAUAAGUUUUCAUUGUUCACUUUGCUAGAGUUUAGGCAAGGGUUUGCUACUACGGAUCCUCGAGAUGCUGUGUUUUCUUUGUACGGAGUGUUAGACAAUAAUGACCCCGCUAUUAUGUCUACGCCCGUAAACUACGAGAAAUCCACUCCGGAAGUUUACAUUGAUCUUUCGACCGCACUUCUGUCUACAGAUGAGAAGCAAGGGUAUGCCGUCUUCACUCACGUAGAGAAUGAUCGAAGCAUCCCUGGCCUUCCUUCCUGGGUCCCUAACUUCGCCGCAGCAAGGAAAUACGAUCAGGCAAUACGAAGCCAUGUCAUCGAACGGAGAUACUGCACAUUCAAGCAAGAACAGAUUACCGACUUCAAAAUAUACAAAAAUCUCAACGCCAUCGUCUGUCGAGGCCACCAUUUCUUGAGCAAGAUCACAAAACUCUCUGAAGCGUUGGAAGAUAGCAAGAUACGCAGGAUAGAAGCACGGAUAUUCGAACAAGGGGAUGGGAGAAUUAUUGUUGAUUUUAGCAAGGAAGGGAAUGGCGGCGAUGGCGAUAUCGCGGUGGAUAACUAUAAAGAAAAUGGCGUGGGGAGGUUGUGUUAUGAGCGUCCUGCGUGUUUGAAGGGUAGAAGAAUUGCGACGAUGGAUGAUGGUGGGAUUGCGUUGGUGCCAGAAGGCGCUAUUUUGGGGGAUAUGCUUUGUGUGUUGAAAGGAGGAAGUGUGCCUUGGAUUGUUCGUGAGAAGAACGGAGAUAUAAGUGAGGGUUUAGAUGAGAAGAUGAUUGCGGACUUUCAUGGAAGAAUCUCGGGUGUUAGGCAUUGUACCUUGAUUGGUCAGUGCUGGAAGAGUGGGUUUCAGGUGCUGGUAGAGGAUAUUGGUUGUCAUGAUACAGGUUUUAUGCUUUGGUAG